CCGGCACAUAUUGGUAUUUAAGUGAAAAUUAUGUACCAUAAUGCGCAAUCUAUCGAGCAUCGUGCAUACGGCACGCCUUAUAACCUCCCCAUCCUUCCAGGUGUGUAUAACUUAGUCAACACCAGUGUGCCAGACCUGAGUUGGGUAUUUAUUAAACGGCAAUUCCACCUUCAUGCGCAACAAAGACGCGAAAAGGGCUUAUUAUAACGGGGCGUCUUGGACCGCACACGAGAGUCACCUCACCUGGGGCUCUAUUGAGAAGCUGCUGUUGAAG